CUCCCGACCAGUAGGCGUAUGGAUAGGUAUCCUGGAUAUUUCGUUUUUUGCACAGACGCAGCGGCUCAUACUUUGCAGGAGCGUGGGCUGCGUGGCUCGGUCGCGACCGUUGCUAGCACUCUACUUGAUCUACUUAGGGAGUCAGCCUCCCACAGCGCGCUUUGCUCCAAAACGUGAGUGCGCUUGUCUUUCUGUUCAAUAAGACCGGCCUCCAGGGGUAUUGCGGUUUCUCCGUCUCUCACUUGGGAUAUCCAUUCUUUUGCUUCAUCUCGAUUGGUUUUUUCUUGUUUUUUCUCUUUUUCGACUUCCAGACGCCUUUGCGACUAUUUGGAUCAUAAUGUCGGUCCAGGGUGUCGUGAGUAAGCUCAAGCAAAGCCUGUGGCAAGGCAGUGGGCCAACCUAUGAACGUGUUGACCACCUUGAGGAUGGAUUCGAGAAGGAACACAUUGGCAGCAAGCGACCUUGGCGACUUGCCAGACCAGUGAUUGUGACUCUGGGAUUCCUUUUGGCGAUCUUUCUGUUUCUGAGCUCGCGCGGCCAUGACUCUCCUAAACCUGCAGCUUCCUUAAAGGAGACAUUGCCACCAGCUUAUCUCCGAAUGGUAUAUCCCGCCAAACAAGCUGAUGCCAACUUCUGCAAAUCUAUUCUUAGCAGCGCAAUCCUGCAUUAUCCAGAGCCAAUGUUGAUCGGAUUCGACGGCAAGAAACAACAGGACGAGAAUACCGACUCCACUUUAGACUUGGCCCAACGCAUUUCGCGCAAGACGAGUAUCCUUGGUAUUGACAAGCAUCUAAGGAAUAUCUCAGCAACGCGUGACGAGGACCUUGUUGUUAUCGCCGAUGGACUAAACACGUGGUUCCAAUUGCGCCCUCAAACACUUCUUGACCGGUACUUUGAGUCGAACAGGAAUGCGGAUGGCCGUAUCAGAAGGGAACUCGGACUGAACGCCGAUGUUCUAAACAUUCGCCAAACCAUCAUCUUCGGUGCUCAGAGGGACUGCUCGCCCUGGAAUUCGGAGGAUCCUGCAUGCUCUGCAGUCCCCGAAUCGACACUUCCUACGGAUAUCUAUGGACCCCUGACCGAUGCUGCAGCUGAGGAGAAUCAAGACCCCUUUACGAAGCACCGCCCGCGAUACAUUCAAACUGGAUUUGCCAUGGGCCCCGUGAAGGAGAUGCGCAAGCUUUAUGCCGAGGCCGCAAGACGCAUCAUGGGAGAUUCACAUCUCCAGAGCGAGGGCAAGGUUCUUGGUCAAAUCUUCGCCGAGCAGGAAAUAGCUCGCGAAGCGCACAAGAUGCCCUCUCUCUCGCUCUUCGGACGCUUCUCCUCGUGGCUCGCCAGCUUUGGGGAGAGCACACAAGCUGUUGCAGACAGACAGGCACAGCAACUGAGGGAGGCCGAUCUCUCACGAGAGUUUGGUAUCGGUCUUGACUACGCCAGUGGUCUUGCCUUCGCGGUCGCACAUGCGGAUGGUGAUAUGGAGUUUGUCAAGUUUGGCGAUGAGGCAUCUGUGCACUCAGCCAACGCUAAGCAUGGCAUCAGCGAUAGUCGACUCGGCCAAAUUGGCCCUGAUGUUGGCGCAGCGUUACCUCCAUUCUGGACUUACAGCCACGAGACCCUCCCUUCUCGCCAUACUCAAUGGACCAACGUCUCCCUCCUCACAAACGCCUACACUGGCGUUACCCCGGCCCUCAUCCAGCACGACAUGGGCAACUACCGCACUGAAUCGCUGCGCGAAAGCUGGUGGUCCAGUGUCUGGUACCAAAAGUACGCCCGCAAGAUGUUUGACGUGCAUGUCCAAUCUCCCAUCGGCGCGGUCGCCGUGUCUGGAUACGAUGCUGCCUCGCGCCGACAAUGGUGGGGCAUGGAAGACUGGAAGGGCGGUGCCAGAAAUGAGACUAAGUUCUGGUGGAGAUACGAGGAUGUCUGUGGAGGAACCGAGACGGAAGUCUUCAGAGACAGCAAGGGUCCGUGGUACCUACCAUCUAACCACUAGAUUCAUAUGUAACCAUCUAUUUGCUUUUGUGAUAUACCAUUUAUUGCCAAAAUUUCCUUCCCAACUC